UAAUUAUCGAUAUAUCGGGGUUUAAUUUUAAAUCAAAACAAAACAGUUUAGUUCACAGCUUCAAAUUUUAUAUUUUUACAUAGCCUACCAGAUUUCUUCUUUUGGAAACUCUACAAUGAGGAUCUGUUAUUAAUUAUAUCUAGUGAUCUGUUUGCCCUAAAUAUCGUAAUCAUUUCAAUUUUUCCAAAUACUAAUAGUAAACCAACAAUGGAUUCUCCUGAUCAUUACGAUGCUGUUCCCACUUUAACUAAACGAAACAAGCAAGAAGAACUGGAAGUAACUGGCAUAUCAAGAUCUGGCAGAGUACGCAAGAAAUCUUCAAAGCUCACCGACUUCGAAUCUCCUGAUGAAAUCGAUAAAUACCGACGCAAAAGUGACAAAUUUGAUCCACCUCCAAGCUAUCCCGUUGGUAGACCCGCGGCUCAUGCCGUCAAAAAACCUCCCGUCAAAAUAGAACAGUUCCAUCAUUCAGAAGAGCAACUAUGGGGAUAUUACAAUUUUGCAAUUUAUUUAAAAGUUAAUUUGCAUUUUUCAACUUUUUGUUAUAUAUCAGGUAGCCCAGGAGAUGAAGAAGACCUGGAUGAAAGCAUUGGGUUGGAUCAAGGAGGAGAAGGAUUUCAAAGAAUUGCACCUGACUCUGUGGAUACCGGCUCUCCAGUUCAUGGUUCAGCUCAAUCGUUGUACAUGUUGGAAAAGUCAACUAAGAAGAAACUCGUGAUUCGUGAUGGAAAAAUAGUGGGCAGAAUGAAGGCCCAGCGCAAGGAUAAAGGGAAAACAAGAUUCACUGCGUAUAUGUUGUGGGCGAAAGAGAUAAGGCAGGAACUGAUGAGAGCCAAUCCAGAACUAGAUUUCUCACAAACUAGUAAAAAGCUGGGUGAACUCUGGGCCACUGUUCCUUUCAAUGAGAAAUAUAUCUGGAAACGUCGCGCCAAGCGGCUGGCGGCGAAAGGCAUGAACGGUGGUGGCGGGGGUGGUCGCAUGGAAGCCAAGCCGGGCGGAGGGGGGCAGAUGAUGACCACAGCCACCAUGAUCACGUCGACGCAGCAGUCCACUGCCGCCAAGAAGAUCAAGUCGCCGCCUGCGCCGCGCAAGUUCAUCAACAAGCAGGCGGGGGGUCUGUCGUCACCUGAGGGUGCUGCUGGUGGUGGAGGUAGAGGAGGCAAAGCGGCUUCAGCCGUGAACCUGGUGGCCGAACCAGUGGUAGGUCCAGGCCUGUAUAAGGUGAUAGGCACUCAACCCAUAGACGCGGCCGCGCAUCUCAAACUGCUUGGAGAAUCAUUGAGCAUCAUCGGCGAACGGCUCAAGGAACAUGACGGACAAAUCGCAGUAUCGGGAAGUCUGUCGGUGCUUCUGGAUUCGUUACUGUGCGUUCUGGGACCCCUGCUCUGUCUGACGCAACAGGUGCCAGAAACGGAUGUCUGCCCUCCGCAACAGCUCUCCAAAAUACUAGACAACAUUGCCUACAUUAUGCCUGGACUAUAGGCUUUUUCCAGAACAGCUCAAUUGGACUUCGUAUGAAUCGGUAAAAUUUGUUCAAAUUUACGAUUUACCAACUAUAGACUGUUCAUCGAAAGGAGAGAGAAAAACAUGAAGUUUGCGUAGAGGUAAUUGCUCACUCAUUGUGUUUAUUCUUGAACAAGCGCAAACUUUAUUUUAUUGUCUGUCCUUUCGAUGAACAGACCUUAGAACUAGGAUCUGAGACAGUGUAGUUUAUUUUUAAAUUAUAUAGUAUCAUCGAUUUUUAAUAAAAAGUAACAAAUUUGUUUAGAUUAAUCGUUAGAUUUUUAGAAUAAGGAACUGUUUGAAGUGUUUGGUAUUUUAAUGUUUAGUUUUUAAAUGCCUAGACAGAGAAGAACAUCGAUUUUCAACAUUUUAAUUAUAUUUUAGGUCCAAUCAAAGUAAAUUUUUAAUUGUAGAACUGAUUUUAGUUUUUUAAUUUGUUGAAAAUUGAGCGCCAGUCAAGUUAGAUUAACUAAUGUUUAUUAUUGUAAAGUAAAAUCAAUUUUUAGAUGCCUAGGCCCGGUUGCACAAAGGCCUAAUCAUGAUUAAAUGUCACUGAGCCAAUCAAAGAAGGUUUAUGUUUUUAAUAAGACUUUUCUGAUUGGUUCUCGUUGCAUUUGACCACGGUUAAAAUUUAAAAGGCUUUUGUGCAACAGAGCCUUAAAUUGAAAAUUAAUUAUUUCUGAUAUUCGGUUGUGAUGGGAAGUUUCCAAUCAAGUUUGAUCUUUGGUUGUCAUGUUUAAUGGAGUUUCAAUUUUCUAAUAUUUAUCAAAUUUUAAACUUCAUGGUUGAUCUCUGAUCAAAGAUUGACUAUAGUAAACUGAAAGAUAAGAUUUUAAAUAGUUUAGAGUUUUAGUAAGUCGUAAAUUUGAGAUCAAACAAAUUCUAUCAAGGAAACAAUCUGCGAAUUUAUAUUCACUUCUUUUCAAGCGGAGUCACGGAAUCUGGAAACUACCCAGAUUGAAUAAAAUGGUUGUUUCAUUUUUACAAAAGUUCUGUGGUUGCUGUUGUUAGUUACUGUCGCAUCUCCUCUCCCACAACAUUUUAUUCAGGAAAGCAUGAUAUUAGAUAUUUAUAAUAAUAUUGAAAACUACUUUUUAUUUAUUAAAAUCAGAAAACCCUUGAAGUUCGUUUUGUUAUAUUUCGAGCAAGUACUUAUUCAUAAUAUAUUUAUUUCAUUUUACAAUUAUGAUCACUGUAAUAAUAACUGUAAUUGUUUAUCCCAAAUGUAGAUUUUAAGUGAUAUUCCCAAUUGAAGAACUUGUUUUAAAUAAUUCAAUUAACAUUUUAAAUUAAUUAAUUUAAUCUAUUUUUAUUUAAUAAUCUAUUCUAUUUAUUAAAUCGAUUUCUACUCAAGCUUUUUUGUCAGCUACUGUCAACUUCUCUCCAAUAAGUAUUUUAGAUACAUUAUAUAUGGAAAUGAAACGAAAUAAAAUGUUAUAUAUAUCAUAUAACAUAUAUUAUAUAAUAUUAACUGUAAUGUUUUAUAAUCUGAUUUGGGAGAAAUCUAAUUCGUAUAAUGCCCAUGAAUAAUCAUUCAUUCCACUCAAGUAGGCAAUAACUGACAAAAAAAGUUCCAGUAUAGUAACUCAUAUUUUGUUUUCUGCUGUAGUUAUUAAAAAUGCCAUCAUCGUGUUUGUAUUGAAUGUGUAUUAUUUAUAAGACGAUUAUAACUUUUCUAAGAAA